AUGAUACGAUAUGGAAGUGGUGAUAACAGUAGUGAUGUUGGGUUGAAAAAGUAAGUUGUUUUUUUUGUAAAGAAAGUUCUUUCCAUUUUUAUCUUGUAAAGAAAGCUCUUGCAAUUUUUCAUUCUGUAAAGAAAGUUCUUGUUAUUUUUUGUUUUGUAAAGAAAGCUCUUGCCACUUUUUGUUUUGUAAAGUAAGUUCUUGCCAUUUCUUGUUUUGUAAAGAAAGUUCUUGCCAUUUUAUGUUUUGUAAAGAAAGUUCUUGUUGUUUUUUUAAUUCAAAUUUCAUUUUAGGCCUCAAUAUUACGAAAGCACAUCGUCAAAACUGACAAAAUUUUUGUUAUCUCAACACAAUAAGUUAGCAUCGCCCGAUGAUAUGGUAGAUGUACAUUACGAACUAGAACUGGUACAUAUCUUAAAAAUCGACGAGUUAAAACAAACUUUAAGCGCCUUAGUUUAUGUGGAUGAAGUAAGUGGUACCCUACUCUAAACUACUAUACUCUACCUUUUCCUACCCUACAAUAUCCGUCCGUACCCUGUCAUAUCGUGGGCAAUCCUACCUUGCCUUACCUCACCUUAUCUUACCACACCUUAUUCUAACCUACCUUAAAUCAUAUUCAACUUAUUAUAAUAAUGUCAUAACACUGAAAGUUUCAGAAAUGGUCAGACCCUUCGCUCCGCUGGGAUCCUCAGCUCUUCAACAACACCAAUAAGACCUGGCUACCAGUUCAAGAGAUCUGGAGACCUGACAUUAUCAUAAUCAAUAUGUAAGUGACUAAUCCCUACUAAAAGUUUUGUUUUCCUUCCCUACUUACUACAGGAUCUCGGCUUCUAGGCUUGAAUACGAGAGUUUGUUAAGUGGGAUUCAAGCCGCUGUUUUAGUCUACAGUAAUGGCACGGUGGAGUUUUCACACCCGAGCGUUUAUACCGUUUCUUGCGAGAUUAAUAUUAAGGUAGGUAAUACUUUGCUCUAACAUCUUCUAUGUAUUCUAUGUAUAACGUUCCCUACCCUACCCACCCUGUCCUUUAUACUUUAUCUUAUCUUACCGUACCUUACCAUACCCUUCCCUACUCGAGCGUACCAUACUCUACUCUAAUUGACUUUGCACGACCCUAUUAUAACAUGCCCUACCAGCCUGACCUUUUGCCUUUUUUUAAAUUUAAAACCUUUAGCACUUCCCAUUGGACGAUCAAAAAUGCGCUUUAGAAAUAGCUAGCUGGAGUUACGGCGAAGAGAAAAUACGCCUAGUACCUCAUGUUGAACAUAAUCUGCAACAUUAUACGCCAAAUGAAGAGUGGCAACUUUUGAAUGUGUCUGUACAUAAACAAAAAUACGAGCAUGAAGGCAUUGUGGUAGGUUUUAGAAAAACUCUGUUUUUGCAAUUUUGUGGUUUGUAAAGAAAGUUUUUGUAAUUUUUUGUUUUGUAAAGAAAGUUCUUGCCAUUCUUUGUUUUGUAAGAAAGUUCUUGUCAUUUUUGUUUGUAAAGAAAAUUAUUGCCAUUUUAAAAAAUAUUUUUCAAAUUUUAGGUAAAUGAGUUAUUUUACCAAAUAUCAGUUCGUCGUAAGCCCUUAUUUUACUUUAUAACAGUUACCAUACCUUCGUAUGUCAUGUGUGUUAUCACAGUGAUUGGAGUAUUCGCCAGAGCAAGUACAACAUCAGAAAGAAUCGAACGAUUUACUCUCGGUGUUAUGGCUACUAUCACUACCACUUCUACCGCCGUUUUGUCAUUAGUGGUGUCGGAGAAAGUGCCUCAUAGCUCGACGGCUAUACCAUUGUUAGGUAAUUGAUGGAUUAUAAUGUAAACCAUGGCUUACAAUUAAUGAAAAAAAAGUUAAACUAUUAAUUUUCAGUGGCCUACUUCUUGUACAACAUGGUAAUAUUAAGUGUUGCUGUAGUGUUAACCGCAUGGAUAUUGAGGAUUCAUAGAAAAGGGCGGUUUGGCGCUGAGCCACCAUUAUGGGCGCUACGAGUGUUUUUACUCCAACCUUAUAAGUUUCACAAAACUGUGCAUCAUUCUGUAGGUUUUUUUUUAUUUUCAAGCCAUACCUUAUCUUAUAGUGCAAUAUAAAAAAAUUUUUUAGCAAUAUCUUUGUAGUUCAAUAAAAAACACAUUUUCGACCAUAACACUACCCUAGAGUGCAAUAUAAGCUUAUAUUUUUCAUCCAUGCACCUAUACUGCAAUAAAAAACCAAAAUUUUCAGCCAAAACCUCGUAGCCCAGUAUUUUCGACCAAAAGUAACCACAACUGCAACUCCGAUGACAUUUGGACUCAAGACGUUUUGAGCACAAAAAGUCACCGCAUCUUGUUAACGGAAGUGGAUUCCGAUGUGAAUCACAAACUUCACACGAUUGUUGAUGCUAUGAACAAUCUUUGUGACGUUUGGAAGGGUGUUCAUGUAAGAAAUUUCUUUUUUUUUUUGAUUUUGAAAAAAAACCUUUUUUAAAGAACCACGAAACGUCCUCGCGAAACGUUGACCUUCUGGUGAAGAUAGUUCGUGGUUGUUUAAAAAUUUUUUUUUGAAAUCGAAAUGUUGCAAUUAUUUUUUUUAAAAUUAUUUGUUAAGAUUGUUAGUUUGUUUGAAUGUAAAUUGAUGUGAUUUUUAAUUGAAAAAUUCAACUUUUAUUUUCAGCGUUCCAUCACAGCCAGUGAUCCUCACUUAAAAGAGCACGCGGCCGAACGCAAUGGCUAUGUUCGAAUUGCCGAACGUUUGGAUUGGAUAUUUAUGGUUUUAUUUAUUGUUUUGCUGACAAUACCGGUCAUUUACUUGUAUCUCUACUUAUGA